AUGUCAGUCCCAUCCAAUCUCGCCGAGGCAGCAACAGUUCACGUCAUGAACCACAUCAAGAAUCACCCGUUUGAGUGCGAACUCUGCCCCAAAAAGUUCAAACGGAGGAAUUGGCUAAAGAUGCAUGUGAGAAGUCACGACAAAAGCCACAGUUUCGAGUGCCUCUUGUGCGAGAAGCGGUUCAAGUUCAAGCACCAGUUGCAGAAACAUGUCUUUUUGGUGCACAGCAAUGAGAGGCCGUUUUGUUGCUGCGUGUGUGGCAAGGAUUUCAAAUUGAAGCAAACGCUGCAGAACCAUGAGAAGGUCCAUUGCGAUGAAAAAGAGUUCGAGUGUAGUGUUUGCCAUAAAGAGUUCAAAUUAAAGCUCCACCUGAGGAACCACAUGAAAAUGCACAGUGAUAUCAAGCCCCACGAGUGUGGCCUCUGCGAUAAGACUUUCAAAUUUAAGCAGCAGUUGCAGAAUCAUCUGCUAGUUCAUUCGGGCAAGAGUUUCACGUUUAAGCAACAGUUGAAUGUUCAUUUGAAAAUUCAUCUCAAUGUGAAGGACUUUGAUUGCGACGAAUGUGAGAAGGGGUUCAGAACGAAGCAGCAGUUGCAGGUGCACCGCAGUAAAGUGCACAAGGGAUCUGAAUAA